AUGGCAGGUACAUCGUGCCAGGCCAUAGGCCAGGACUACAUCAGUCUAUUGCCCGAUUGUCUAAUCCACCAUAUCUUCUCCUUUUUGCCCACGAGGGAGGUCGUCAAGACUUGCAUCUUGUCGAGAAGGUGGCGGUCUAUUUGGACCACUGUUUUGGAUCUCGGGUUCGACUCUUUUUACGAUUAUUCAAUUGUGAACAAAGUUUUGGUUCACUAUGUGUCGCCUAAGGUGAAAAAGUUCCAUCUAGACAUAAGAUCAAAGCGGGACUUCUGCCACUCUACCAUUGAUUCAUGGAUUCACUUUGCUAUUGAUCAUCAAGUCGAGGACCUUCUCCUCAUCGUGAAUAUUUAUUGGGAGUUUUACACAUUGUGUCCAUCGCUUAAUCGUUGCUCUUCGUUGACUAAGCUAUGUUUGAGAGGCUGUGGUUUCUCAUCCGGUGAUUGUAUUAGUUGGAGUUCGCUCAAGUCCUUGACCAUCCAAAAUGUGAGCGAUGAUGUGCUUCGGAAGAUUUUGAUGGGCAGCCCUGUUCUUGAAUACUUGAAUUUGAUAAGUUGCCAGGAUGUAAGAAGAAUUCAUUCGAGAAGCUUGAGAGAGUUGGUAAUUGAUGCUCUUAUCGUGGAAUCCCUCGUGGAGAUCUCGACUCCUUGUUUGCUGUCAUUGCGAGUGAGAGGCGAUCAUUUUCAUGGGAUGUUAAGAAUUAUUGAAGCACCAUUCUUAGUCAUUGCAGAAUUAGAUUUUGACGGUCCGGUCAGAUCGGAUUACUUCCCGCUAAAGCAAAUGCUUUCCAAGCUGCAUAGCGCUACUCAGAUUCUUUUGGGCGCAUGGUGCCUUCGGGUUAUGUGGCCUCCGAAGGUAGAAGACGUGCAGGUUUUGCUGCCAAAUUGCAAGUCUUUAACGCUACACAUUCCCUUCAGGCAGUUCAGUUUCCCUGCUGUAGCAAAUAUGCUAGCAACUACACCAAAUUUGGAGAAGCUUGUCAUAAGUUUUGAGCCAUCUGAUUGGGGCGAUCUCUGGUGUAAAUCUGGCUAUAACUUUAGCGAUGUUGAUCAUGAAAGCUAUUGGGGCGUAAAGAAGAAGUACAAGAGUUGGGCUCGGCAUCUCAAGAAUAUAGAGAUAAUUGGAUUUUAUGCUUGUUUAAGAAUCAAGUAUGACGAAGUGCUCGUGCUGGUAAAGUUUUUGCUCGGACAUGCAUCUAUCCUGGAAAAUAUGGUCAUCAAGGUCAAGUCUGAGCGUGAGGUAGUUGAUUCAGACAUAUUGCUUGAAGUGGCCCAACGACUUCAAAGUUGUUACAGAGCUUCCAAGCAUGCAGCAGUUAUACUCAAUUACAUGGAAAAAGGGGUUGGAAAGCGGUGGAAUAUAACAACGUGUUUGCGCAUUGGCAAUAAAAAUACCUGA